GCCAGAAUCUCCAUCAGUCUGUGAAGAAAUGUGGGUCUCCUGCGCGUGCAUACCUUUCCAGACCUCAUAGUUCUUCUGCGCAUCCCGUGAGUCUAUAAAGAGAUGCAAGCUCUCCAUAGACCGGUGCUGGUCCGAGCACCCCAGUCCGAGCUGUUGCUGGAGAGGAUGGCGGAGUACCUGAACCAGAGCUCCGUUAAUGGAUCUGGAUCCGAUUUGACCCGCUUCAGCAACCUGGAGGAGAUCGACUUGGCCGCGGAUGGAACCCUGGAGCUGCGCGUCAUGAUAUCGAUCGUGUACUCGGUGGUGUGCGCGGUGGGUCUGGUGGGGAACCUGCUGGUGUUUUUCCUUAUAAAGGUCCGGCAGAGAAGAAAAAAGUCCACAAUUAACUUUUUCAUCCUGAAUCUCGCGGUCACCGACUUUCAAUUCGUGCUAACGCUUCCGUUCUGGGCUGUGGAAAACGCGAUGGACUUUAGCUGGCCGUUUGGACACGCCAUGUGUAAGAUUGUCCUCACGGUGACCGUGAUGAACAUGUACGCGAGCGUUUUCUUCCUCACCGCGAUGAGCGUGACGCGUUACUGGUCCGUGGCUUCAGCGCUCAAGGAUCGAACCCGCAACAAAACGUGCUCGGUGAAGCUGGUCAGCGCGCUUUUGUGGGUCCUCGCCACGGUGGCCACGGCACCCACGGCCAUUUUCUCCACCGUGUCCAAGAUCAGCGGCGUCAAACUGUGUCUGCAGGGGUUCCCAGAUGGACACCAGUGGCUCGCGCUCUAUCAACUCCAGAAAAUUCUAGUUGCAUUUGUUUUUCCGAUGCUCAUCAUCACUGUGUGUUAUUUGCUCCUGUUGCGCCUCAUUCGCCUCAGGAGUAUGAACAACAAUCUCCCGAAACGCAGAUCCAGAGUCACCAAAUCCGUCACCAUUGUGGUCUUAUCGUUCUUCAUAUGCUGGCUGCCAAACCACGCCAUCACGUUCUGGGGCGUCCUGGUGAAGUUCAACGUGGUUAACUGGGAUAAAGUCUACUACAUGGUCCACACAUACGUGUUCCCGGUGACCGUCUGCCUGGCGAACGUAAACAGCUGCCUGAAUCCGGUGUUGUAUUGCCUGAUGCGGAGGGAGUUCAGGAAAAUGUUGAAGGAUUUCUUCUGGCGAAUUUCCACGCCGGCUAUCGCCAAAAACUGUCAGGUCCGUCCGUUUUCCGGUACCGUGAAAGAACAUCAUGACAGCCAGGCGGCGAUUCCGUUGAAUGUGAUGGAGACUGAGCAGUUCAGACUGUCGGUGGUGAACGGGCCAUGCGACGCGUUACCGUCCACAGACUGCGCCGUUAACAGGUAGAUGCGUAAAAGCGCAAAGCUGUGCGUAAAAGCGCAUUGGCCACUUACAGCUACUGGUGAAAAAGGGCAUUUUGAGUCCCCUGCAAUCUUUAAGGAUGUUGUACUAACUUAAAAACUGUUUAUUAUUAUUAUUAUCAUCAUCAUCAUUAUUAUAUGAAGUUGUGUAAUGUGCAAGUGUCCAAUUACGUGCCAAAUUACGCGCAAAAUAAGAUGUAUGACUAUUGCAACCAUGUGUCUGCCUAAAGCAACAGUUCAAAACCGUGUGUUUGUCCACAUAAGCUAUUUCUGAACUUUAAAAAAGUGUCUUUUAUUCGGUGUAAACGU